AUUUAACUGCUAAAAAAGUUGUUUCUGUUCUGUCUUCGUGAAUCUUCACGUUGUGAAUUUACUUCAGACAUAGAGAGAGACAGUGGAAAAGCUUAAAGCUGCUGUAUAAAAACCAUCAGUGUCUACUAGAGAGUGUGUGUGUGUGUGUCUUGUGAGCGAGAAAGUAAAGUGAAUAGUUGGUGAAGAGUGAAGAUGAAUAACUCAGUAGCUUCAGAGAACAGUUUUAUUAUUGAAAGUGAUGAAGAAGAUGAUAAGGAUUUUAACAAAGGUGAUGAUGGAAAUGAUUCUGAUUCUUCCAAUUACUCAAAUGAAAAUCCACCACAGAGGAAACAAAGUUCUUAUAAUCCAUCAUGGCCUCAGAGUUACAGGCAAUCUAUUGAUCUAUACAGUAGUGUGCCAUCACCAAGUAUUGGAUUUCUGGGAAAUUCUUCGCUUACAAGAUUAAGCAGUUCCUUCCUUUCUACAUCUCUAACAAGGAGGCACACUCCUGAAGUACUUCCUUCAGUCACAAAACCUUUGAUACAACCAACAGAAGAGGAGAAGCACCAAAGACGCAGCUCUCACACCUUGCUUCCUCCCCUUUCUAGAAGGUCUUCUUUGCUUAAGAAAGAAUCCAAGGUUUCUCAUGAAGUUCCUUCUCGCCACUGCUCUUUCGGACAGGCUGUGCUUAAUGGCAUAAAUGUCCUUUGUGGAGUAGGAAUCCUUUCAACCCCUUAUGCUGCUAAAGAAGGUGGAUGGCUAGGACUUUCCAUCUUGUUCAUUUUUGGAAUUCUUUCUUUUUAUACUGGAUUGCUCUUGCGUUCCUGCUUGGACAGUGAACCUGGUCUUGAAACAUACCCUGAUAUUGGCCAAGCUGCUUUUGGUACUGCCGGACGAAUUGCUAUUUCAAUAGUAUUAUACGUCGAAUUAUAUGGCUGUUGUAUUGAAUAUAUAAUUUUGGAGGGAGACAACUUGGCUUCCUUGUUUCCAAAUGCAUACUUAAAUUUAGGUGGAAUUGAAUUGAAUCCACAAACAUUGUUUGCUGUGGUUGCAGCCUUGGCUGUUCUUCCUACAGUUUGGCUCCGCGACUUAAGCGUUCUUAGUUACAUCUCAGCUGGUGGAGUUAUUGCAUCAGUUUUAGUGGUUCUGUGCUUGUUAUGGAUUGGCAUAGAAGACGUCGGCUUUCAACGCUCAGGGACAACACUCAAUCUUGGAACUCUUCCUGUUGCUAUUGGUCUUUAUGGUUACUGUUAUUCUGGACAUGCCGUGUUCCCAAAUAUUUAUACAUCAAUGGCAAAACCAAACCAAUUCCCUGCAGUACUUGUAGCAUGUUUCGGAGUUUGUACCUUACUAUAUGCUGGUGGUGCUGUUAUGGGAUACAAAAUGUUUGGAGAAGAUACACUCUCUCAAUUCACCCUUAACCUGCCUCAAGACUUGGUUGCAACCAAGAUUGCUGUCUGGACUACGGUGGUUAAUCCAUUUACCAAGUAUGCAUUGACUAUAUCUCCAGUGGCAAUGAGUCUUGAAGAGUUGAUACCAGCAAACCAUGCCAAGUCUUACCUAUUUUCCAUUUUCAUCAGAACAGGCCUUGUAUUUUCUACCCUUGUUAUUGGUCUCUCAGUUCCCUUUUUUGGUUUGGUGAUGUCCUUGAUUGGAUCAUUACUUACAAUGCUUGUAACUUUGAUAUUGCCAUGUGUUUGUUACCUAAGAAUCUUGCGGGGAAAAGUAACGCGAAUACAGGCAGGACUUUGCAUUACAAUCAUUGUAGUAGGCGUUGCGUGUUCUUCCGUUGGAACGUACUCAGCCCUUGCGGAGAUUGUUAAGAGUUUGAGUGGAUGAAGUUUUGUGUGGAAGAUGAGAGUUGUUUGCUAGUAUCUACCCUUUUCAAUGUUCUGUCGUUUUGAGUAUUACACAUCCCAAUUUUGAGUCAAUUUUUGUCAAGCUGUGGCUUCCUCAUUCUGUUACUGUUAUUUGUUGUUACCAUAUCAUAAAAAGUUUUGCUCAGGUUUGAAAUGUUGGUAAUAUAGAUUGUGGAGAGAAACACUUUUGAGAGUUUGUAAGAAGCGUUCAAAUGAAUUUGUUAAAGAGUAUUUUCUUUUAGUUGAAAA